GCGACAGUUUCCUAUCUUGCACCGUGAGCUGCCGAACGUUUGCCAUGGUCUCACUUUGGCGGGAUGAUGUGCAGACGCGGCUGUGCCGAUUCCUUACUGCGGCUCCAGCAGAGUGGCGCAAUGAGCAGAGUGCGCGAGUGCGGAAGAUCCUCUUCUACCUCGCUGCGCUCCUAACUGGCUUUUCUUUGUCUCGAUCCUUUACACGGCCUUUGGAAGAAGCGUGGAAAGUGACGUUCAUAGCAUCCAAGAUUGUGGGUAUGGUCACCUUCCUGGUGGCGGCUGUGAUUCAGAGCUACUUGAAGCAUUGGCCCAACCUGUUAGAGGUGAUGACUUUUGUCCUCACCAUCCUUUCAGUGGUCGCAUUUUGCGUUGCCAAUGCUGAGCAGGACUUUGAGUGGCGUUUCACAACUGCCACAAGGACGUACAUACAGUUUUGCUAUGGAGCUGCUGUGAUCUUUGGCUUUCGACCAUCAUAUCAAUUGAUCUUCCUGAUCGCUUGCACCGUCAUUCACGUGAUCUUCGUGACGAACUUGGCCUUCUAUGAUCAAGAUCUGGAGUCUUUAGGUGGUCUUCCUGAAGGCCUAGUCACGGAGUUGACCAUCGAGUGCCUCCUGGGUUUCUUCUCCAUUGCCGCGGGGAUCUUGAUGAAUUCCACCUCCCUUUCGCUCUACUACUAUCAGGAGCAAAGCAAGCAAGAGUCCGAGGGAUUUUCAAAGCUUUUGUCCCUUUCUUGCGACUUUGUUUUACCCUUGCGGUGGAGGCCGUCAACAGGGAUUUGCAUAUCUCAGGCGGAUCCCCAGCUGAAGGCCUACGUAGGUAGCGUCCAGGCAGGUGAUCGUGUUGAGAGCAUCCUCAGCGAGGAGUCGUAUCAGACUUUGACCAAGCGUUUGGAGAACCUCGCUCCGAUGCAACCCUUGUUGAUGCCGGUGACCCUGCAGAGUGGUCACAUACCUCUAUCGGCCGAGAUGCUUUUGGUGCGCUGCCAACAUGUGGACGAUUCGUCGAAGUAUUUGGUGGGAGUCCGCGUGAACCAGGAGAUUGCACCUCCUGAUGCUUUAGGCGAAGCACCCCGGCCCGACUUCCAUGGGAUUCUGCCCUCUGCACCUGAUCAGGUCCGAAAUUCUCGGGGCAUCUUCGAGGCGGACUCGGAGUUUGGGAAGUCGGAUGCGGCCUUCACCACGAAGACAGGCCAAAUCUUCAAUUGCAGCAAGCCAAAGGAGGCAUGGCGCAACAUCCUUCAACUUGGCCGGAAGGAGCACUGGCUUGUGCCUGCGGAGAAUCUUUCUGUGCAGCCACGGCGGAUUCUGGGCUCAGGCGGCUUCGGGCUGGCCUGCGAAGGAAAAUAUUGCGGAGCAAAGGUCGCCGUGAAGGUGCCCAGGAAGAGCUUUAGCGUGGAAGAAGGGCAAGAAGCCACCGCCGCGAUAUCCAUGCUCAUGGACUACUUGCAGGAGCUGCGGCUCCUGCGGAUCGCCCGACAUCCGAACAUCGUGAUCUUCUAUGGAGCCUUCAUGGCGCCACCCCGCGGGGAAGUGGCGCUGGUCUUUGAACGGAUGGAGGGCCCGACCUUGGAUUUGUUCAUCCUGUCAGGAGAGGUUGCUGAUCACUACAAAGCUCGUAUGAUGCUUGACAUCACCAAUGCCCUCUUGUAUUUGCACAGCCUUAGGCCUCAAAUCGUUCAUGGCGACGUCAAGCCGGGCAACGUCUUCGUGGAGUGUCGCGAGGGGCAGAUGCAGACCAAGCUGGCCGACUUCGGGUUGGCACGGCGGAUCACAUUCUCUGCCAGCACCAUGGGAGGGACCCUUCGCUGGGCAGCUCCGGAGCUCUUGCACGGUGCACGCGGGCCCUCGACCAGCGCCGACAUCUAUAGCCUUGGGCAACUGAUGUACUUUAUCCUUUCAGCUCGUCGGCCCUACACAGGCCUCACACAAAGCCAGUGUCAUACAGCGAUUACUCAAGGCUGGGACCCAACCGAGAAAUGGCCCCAAGGUGGCAUGUGUUUCUUGCUGAAGCCGGUCAUCGACCACUGCCGUCGCCACGAGCCGCUGGAACGGCCCAAAGCCGGAGACGUGGCCGAAGUCCUUGAGAACUUUGUGCAGCCAGGCGACCGAGCACAGAGCACUCAGAUCGACGUGUUCACUCCGAAUCUGCGUCCGCAGACGCUUCCUGGCUUUAAUAUGGACAGUGACAUGGAAGAGGAGGAGGAAUUGGAUGACGAUACUAAGCUUUGCCAAGCCUUUGAUUGUGCCAGAAUGGUAGUGAUGCAACAACUCCGAACGUGAGGUAGUCUUCAGAGUAGAAGAAACCAACGAACAGUUUUACAACAUUUUCCUUCGUUGGUGGAGCCAAUGAGAGCAUGUGCGCCCGGGUGAGAUAGCGAUGUCAUCGAAAUACACAUGUACACAGAGACUGUCAUUUGAUGUCUCUUGGGUCACUUUGCAAAGGAAC